AGUAGAAUAAAAGUAACACAAACUUUUAUUUCGAAGUGAUACUACUAAAGCUGUUAGCUGGCUGGAUGCAGGGAUUUUCUGGCCGAAUUACAUGGAAGCAGGCAGAUAACGUGAACGUUGCAGGGAGAAAAAUCAUGGAUUUAGCAUUCAAUAAUAAUUAAAAUAAAAAAUAAAAAACAACGGUGCUUUUCCGUUGAACUUAUUUUGUAUUUUAAGGCUGCUUUCUGUGCAAACAACGGCUUGUUUCUCCUUCGGACGACUGGACUUGAGGUUUGCUUCAGUGGUGAGGAAGCUAGCUGUCAAGUAGUAACGUUAGCUCACUAGCGGCCACAUCAGCACCGCUGAGAUUAGCCAGCCGCGUUAGCAUCAAUAGAUUAAAUGAUGGCAGACAGUAUCAUGAGCAAAGCUGCCACCAUGGAGAUCCCCAUUAACAGCAACGGAGACACAGGGACUCUGCCAGAGGAUGACAGCCUGGAGCAGGAUUUGCAGCAGGUGAUGGUGUCUGGACCCAACCUGAAUGAAACCAGCAUUGUGUCAGGAGGUUAUGGAGGACCUGCAGGGGGCAUCAUUCCCACCAGCACCAUCAAAGGGCCUGCAGUUCGCUUCAACCCUGAGUAUCUGGACAGAAGACGAGCCCCUGCACCCGGACCAGACAUUCGCAUGAAAUCCAGCCAAUCUGCAGCCAGUCGACUUGCCCAACACCCAGACCAGCAUCCAGGGCUGUCGAACAAUAACACUGGUAAUUCCACUGAGGAAGUUUCUCGUGGUGUGGCAGUGGAGAAAUUGGACAGUGUAAAGAAAUGGGGCAUCAACACGUAUAAGUGUACAAAGCAGAUGUUCUCCGAGAGGUUUGGCCGAGGUUCACGAACCGUAGACCUGGAACUGGAAGCUCAGAUUGACGUGUUGAGAGAGACCAAGAACAAGUACGAACACAUCCUAAGACUGGCCACUGCACUCACCAGUCAUUUUCAAAGCAUGGUGCAGACACAACAGGCUUUAGGAGACACCUUCACUGACCUCAGCCAGAAGUCCCCAGAGUUGCAGGACGAGUUUGGGUAUAACGCAGAAACACAAAAGCUGCUGUGCAAGAAUGGCGAGGCUCUGCUUGGUGCCAUCAGUUUCUUUGUGUCAAGUAUCGACACCCUGGUCAACAAAACAAUGGAGGAUACUCUGUUGACCAUUAAGUUGUAUGAAAACGCAAGACUUGAGUUUGAUGCCUAUCGGUCUGAUCUGGAGGAGUUGAGUUUGGGCCCUCGGGAUGCAGCUACCAUGGUCCGCAUUGAGAUGGCUCAGCAUGAUUACCAGAUCCACAGAGACAAAUAUGAAAGGCUGCGUAGUGACGUCACCAUCAAGCUCAAAUUCCUGGAGGAAAACAAGGUGAAGGUUAUGCAUAAGCAGCUGCUUCUCUUCCACAAUGCUAUCUCAGCUUACUUUGCUGGCAACCAGGAGCAGUUGGAACAAACUCUAAUACAGUUCAAUGUUAAGUUAAAGCCCCCGGGAUCAGACAAGCCAUCCUGGCUGGAGGAGCAGUAAAGAGCGCUUGGGGUGCAGCUGUUUGAGAUGUACAGGGACACGCUGGUUACUGAAGAACUUGGCAUUGUGCUUAGAUGGACAAGAGUGAAAUGUAUAAAAAGAGUAUAUUGUAGGAUCAAUUGCAACCAGCGAUAAAGAAAAACAUGAGAUUUUUGUUUUUGUAAUGUUUUACGUAUUGCAUAGACGGUACAACAGUUUCAGUUGUAUUUAUAUUUUCUUGUUAAUUCACAAAAUGACCUUUUGUUACUUUCUCAUUAUUUAGGUAGCACAAUCAUUUACAUGAACAUCACGUAUUAUUUAUGUACAGUAUAGUCUACUAUUGUGGAGAUACCCCUUGGCAGUUUUGCACAUGCAUUAUUUAGUCGUUUCUUAAUGUUGUCUAAAGCGAUAUAUAUCACAAAUCACAUUAGCAAAUUAGCGGGAUGAUGUUAAAAAAAUAAUUAUGAAAUAUCCUCUGAAAUUGUAUUUAUUAUUUCUCUUGGGUAUACACAACUGAACGAUAUUCUUCAAAUUUAGUUUUACAGAAUUAAAUCAAAAACAUCAGGAUAUAGCAUAUGGCCUUGUGGUAUUCUUGCCUGAAUGGUCAGUUUACAAUGCAUAGA